GGAUUGCUUUCAGCACUCGCAGCCGUGGACAGCUCCCUCGCCGCGCGGUCCUUUCCUCUGCAGUGAGCUGAUUUGCUCUGCCAGCAGCUGUCGGUGCCGCACUCCACACGGAGUCCUAGCCAGCGCUCACAGAAUACGCGCUCCCUCCCACCUCCUUCUCUGUCCCCCGCCCCUCGCUCACCCCGGCCCACUCCAGCGGCGACUUUGAGGGAUUCCCUCUCGGGCGGCCUCUGCAGUAGCACAGCUGGCCUCAUUCGCUGCACUGCGAGUAUGGAUCUCCAAGGAAGAGCGGUCCCCAGCGUCGACAGACUUCGAGUUCUCCUGAUGUUGUUCCAUACAAUGGCUCAAAUCAUGGCAGAACAAGAAGUGGAAAAUCUCUCAGGCCUUUCCACUAACCCUGAAAAAGAUAUAUUUGUGGUGCGGGAAAAUGGGACGACUUGUCUCAUGGCAGAGUUUGCAGCUAAAUUUAUUGUACCUUAUGAUGUGUGGGCCAGCAAUUACGUAGAUCUGAUCACAGAACAGGCUGAUAUCGCACUGACCCGGGGAGCUGAGGUGAAGGGCCGCUGUGGCCACAGCGAGUCGGAGCUGCAAGUGUUCUGGGUGGAUCGCGCCUACGCACUCAAAAUGCUCUUUGUAAAGGAAAGCCACAACACGUCCAAGGGACCUGAGGCGACUUGGAGGCUGAGCAAAGUGCAGUUUGUCUACGACUCCUCCGAGAAGACCCACUUCAAAGAUGCAGUCAGUGCUGGGAAGCACACAGCCAACUCGCACCACCUCUCUGCCUUGGUCACCCCCGCUGGGAAGUCCUAUGAGUGUCAAGCUCAACAAACCAUUUCACUGGCCUCUAGUGAUCCACAGAAGAUGGUCACCAUGAUCCUGUCUGCGGUCCACAUCCAACCUUUUGACAUUAUCUCAGAUUUUGUCUUCAGUGAAGAGCAUAAAUGCCCAGUGGAUGAGCGGGAGCAACUGGAAGAAACCUUGCCCCUGAUUUUGGGGCUCAUCUUGGGCCUCAUCAUUGUGGUAACACUCGUAAUUUACCACGUCCACCACAAAAUGACUGCCAACCAGGUGCAGAUCCCUCGGGACAGAUCCCAGUAUAAGCACAUGGGCUAGGGACCAUUAGGCAGGCACCCCCUAGUCCUGCUCCCCUAACUGGACCAGGUAGAACAACAAAAGCACUUUUCCACCUCGUACACAAGAUACACCAACAUAGCUACAAUCAAACAGGCCUGGGUAUCCGAGGCUUGCUUGGCUUGUGUCCGUGCUUGAACCCAGGGAUGGGGGAGACUCUUUUGGAUUUGUAGGGUGAAAUGGCAAUUAUUCUUUCCAUGCUGGGGAGGAGGGAAGGAGGGGCUCACACAGCUUUCAUGCUCAUGGUGGCUUGGCUUUGACUCUCCAAAGAGCAUCAAAUGCCACUUGAAGCUGUAUCUGGCCCCAAAGUUUAGGGAUUGAAAACAUGCUUCUUUGAGGAGGAAACCCCUUUAGGUUCAGAAGAAUAGGGGGUGCUUUGCUCCCUUGGACACAGCUGGCUUAUCCUAUACAGUUGUCAAUGCACACAAAAUACAACCUCAUGCUCCCUGCAGCAAGACCCCUGAAAGUGAUUCAUGCUUCUGGCUGGCAUUCUGCAUGUUUAGUGAUUGUCUUGGGAAUGUUUCACUGCUACCUGCAUCCAGUGACUUUGCAGCACAAGAACACGAUUAAUGUAACUAUGCAGAGUUGUUUGGACUUGUUAAUGUACCAGGUCCAAGUCAGGGGACCUGAAGAAUCAAUCUGUGUGAGUUUGUUUUUCAAAAUGAAUUAAAACACACUAUUCUCUGG